AUGCGAGCAGUCCGAUACCACGGCCAAGGCGAUAUCCGAGUCGAGGAGAUCCAGGAACCCGGGUCGUGCGGGGUGGGUGAGGUGAAGAUCCGACCUGCUUUUGUGGGUAUAUGCGGUAGUGACAUCCACGAAUACCUCCACGGCCCGUCGACCAUCCCGAGCACUAUGCACCCCAUUACGGGGGAGAAGAUUCCCGUGACACUAGGUCACGAGUUCAGCGGCAUCAUUAUAGAAGUAGGGGAGGGAGUGACUCGUCUUCAUGUGGGUGAUAAUGUGGCUAUUAAGCCGAAUCUGUUUGAUGGUGGGUGUGCGGCUUGUCUGGGGGGUUGGGUGAACUGUUGUGAUAAUUUGGGGUUUGUGGGGUUUAGUGGUAGUGCUGGGGGACUGUCGGAUUAUGUUGUUGUCAAGGAGGACAGGGCUGUGAGAUUGCCGGUGGGGUUUGAGUUGGAUCUUGGGGCGCUGGUUGAGCCGUUGACUGUGGCAUGGCAUGCAGUCAAUCGGUCUUCUAUCCAGAAUGUUCAUGCUCGUACGGCGCUGGUGGUGGGUGCUGGACCCAUUGGGCUUGCUGCAAUUCUGGUUCUCAAGGCCCGUGGCGUACAGGACAUUGUCGUCGUGGAGGUCGCGUCGCAGCGGAGGGAGCUUGCCAGCUCUUUGGGUGCUACGCGUGUUCUUGACCCCCGGACAGAGGAUGUUGUGGCCACGGUGCGUGCGAUGACGGGCAAUGCCGGAGCUGAUAUAGCAUUUGAAUGCUCUGCUGUCCAAGCGGGACUGGAUACCGCUUUGAAAGGGAUCCGGGCACGGGGCACAAUGGCGAUUCUAUCUCUCUGGAGCGACAAGCCGGCAAUCGAUGCAUUUGACGUGGUACUAGGCGAAAAGCACGUGGUAGGGUCGGUGAUAUAUGAAGACGGAGAAUUCGAGGCCGUCAUCGAUGCUAUGUGGUCAGGCAAACUCAACCCUCGGGCCUUAAUCACCAGUAAAAUCCGCAUGGAAGACAUCGUCGAGAAAGGCUUCAAUUCCUUAAUUCACGGCCGAGACAACCAGAUCAAGAUCUUGGUGGACAUUUCGGCAUGA